AUGGAGAACGAAAAACGAAGUCGUGGAAGGAAUGGGGUCUGGUUUAUUCUCCAUGUAGCUUUGCUGCUGUUUGUCGGGAAAGGGGCUUCGGUAGAAAUAAGAUACUCUGUUGCAGAAGAGGUGAAAGAUGGAACUGUUGUCGGAAGUGUUGCAAAGGAUCUUGGUCUUGAUAUCAGCUCUUUGACCAGCCGGCGGUUCCGUGUUGUGUCUGAAUCUAAGGAUGCGUUUUUUGAUGUAAACCAGGACAAUGGGGAUCUCUAUUUGCUUAAGAAAAUCGACAGAGAGGAGCUUUGUCUGGGCAGUGGGGCAUGCCUAAUGGAGCUAAAAAUUAUAGCAGAAAACCCUUUGGAAAUACACUACGUGGUUGUAGAAAUUAUUGAUAUUAACGAUCACUCCCCUGUUUUCCCCGAAAAAGAACAGAGGUUUGAAAUUUUUGAACAAACCAUGGCAGGAAGACGAUUUCAGCUGCACAGUGCUCGGGACCCCGAUUCUGGAAUUAACGCAAUUCGUACAUAUACUUUAACGUCAAACGAACAUUUUGAAGUAGCAAUCCGUCAGAGCGAUGAGGAUAUAAUACCAUUUUUAGUGCUGAAGAAAUCGUUGGAUAGAGAAAAAAUCAACAAAUACACGUUAACUGUCACUGCAGUUGAUGGAGGAAAACCUCCGCGAUCAGGCACCAUAAAUGUUACUAUAAUCGUUCUUGACACAAAUGACAACCGUCCAACCUUUAGUCAAGAGAGCUACCAAAUAGAAAUAGAUGAAAAUGUUCAAGUAGGGACUUCAAUAUUUAGAAUGAAUGCGACAGACCCAGAUGAAGGUUCUAGUAGUGAAAUUGUAUACAGUCUUGGAAAAACACUCAAGAAAAAAGUUUAUGAUAUAUUUGAACUGGAUAAAAUAAGUGGGGAAAUAAGAAUAAAGGGAAUAGUGGACUAUGAAGAAAACGACGUUUAUAAAUUGGAUAUCGAGGUAUCAGAUAAAGGAACACCUCCACUAACCGGUGAGUGCAGAUUAAUUAUAAAGAUAAAAGACAUCAAUGAUAAUCCGCCAGAAAUUGAAAUCACAUCGCUUUCAAAUACAGUGUCUGAGGAUUCAAAGCCCGGCACAAUGAUUUCACUCAUCAGUGUGCGAGAUAAAGACUCUGGUGUGAAUGGGAAAAUUAUUCUCAGCAUAACCUCAGACUUACCUUUUGAAUUAAAACCAUCAUAUAAAGAGAACGUUUAUUCCGUUGUCACUAAAGAUCUUUUGGACCGAGAGAAUGUAUCUCAAUAUGAACUGACAAUAAAAGCCACCGACUGUGGAGAGCCCCCUUUAUCUACUUUUAAAACUUUGAACAUCCAGGUAGCAGACGUAAAUGACAACAGACCACAUUUUCCGAUAAAUCCACUACACUUUUACCUGUCCGAAAAUAACGUUGCUGGGAAAUCAAUAUUCUCCGUAAGCGCAGUGGACAAUGACUUAAGUGACAAUGCAGCCAUUUCAUAUCGCAUUGUGAAAGAGGGCAGCCAAAAUGACAUUAUGUCAUUACUAAGUAUAAACAGUGAUAACGGACACAUUUCCACGCUGAAAAGUUUUGAUUUUGAAACGCUGAAAACUUUCCAGUUCCAAGUUGUUGCCUCAGAUUCUGGAACUCCGUCAUUAAGCAACAACGUCACAGUCAACGUCUUCAUCCUGGAUCAGAACGAUAACGCUCCAGUCAUCCUGUAUCCACUCAGCUCCAACGGUUCUGCUCAAGGUGUGGAGGAGAUUCCCCGAAACAUCAACGCAGGACACUUGGUGACUAAAGUCAGAGCCUAUGACGCUGAUAUAGGAUAUAACGGCUGGUUGCUCUUUUCACUGCAGGAAGUGACUGACCACAGUCUCUUUGCUUUGGAUCGCUAUACAGGACAGAUCAGAACACUUCGCUCAUUCACAGAGACUGACGAGGCUGAGCAUAAACUGGCAAUACUGGUAAAAGACAACGGCAACGUUUCUCUCUCAGCAACAGCUACUGUGAUUGUCAAACUUGUGGAGCCCAAAGAGGCUUUUGCAGCUUCUGAUGUUAAAAGUGCAGCAAAAGAUGAUGAGGACAGUAAUGUCAUAUUUUACCUCAUGAUAACUUUGGGCGCAGUUUCUGUACUUUUUCUCGUCAGCAUCAUCGUGCUGAUUGCAAUGCAAUGCUCCAAAUCCACAGACUAUACUUCUAAGUAUUUACAAGAAGCAAAUUAUGAUGGGACACUGUGUCACAGCAUCCAGUACAGAUCUGGAGACAGGAAGUACAUGUUAGUUGGACCCAGGAUGAGUAUAGGAUCUACUAUAGUACCAGGAAGCCAUAAAAAUACUCUGGUGAUGCCAGACAGAAGACGGCCAUCUGAAGAGAUAAUGGAAGUGCUGGCACGUGGUAUUGGCGAGGCAUCUUAG